UGUUAGAGGGUAAGGGUAGAAUGUAGUAACUUAUGGCGAUGCGAUGUUUGACGCCAAAAACAAGGAUGAGGUGCUGGAGAUUUAGAACUGGAUCCAUACAGGCGAGGUUUAUAAUCUUAUUAGUUUUUGCUGUAGUUUCGUUUGGGAUUCUAGUCUACCAAUCUUCGCGAGAUUUGACCGUGAAACGCACUCCAGUAUUUGAGCAGGAGAAAUGCAAUCCUCGUAAAAACGCACGGCAAGGAUCAAGAAUAUCUAAAGAAUUUAGACUCAAUGCAACGUACAAACUGGAAAAAAGAGUCUUACUUGCAACACGGAGAACUUCAAUAACUUUUCGGUCAGAUAUCUCUCGUGUCUUGGAGGAAAGUCGAAUUUCUUUCGAACUUGUUUACCUCGAAAUUGGUAACAAGACAGUCUUUCCGAAGCUUGCUCACGGAAAAAUCGGACGCUUUUCUGCAGUGAUUUUCGAGAGUAUCAAAUUUUACGCAACAUUAGAUAAAGCAAACAGACACUUUCUUGACCAUUACUGUCGUAAAUUUGCCAUCGGAAUUAUUUUAUUUACCGUUCAGGAAGAGCAAGAGCCCGUUACGCGUACUUACGAGGAAUUUCGCUUAGGCAUUAAGACUGGAUUAAGCAAUCUUCGAAAUGUAGAAUUGAAUCCUUCGGCAUGUUUACUUCGCCUUACUAAAGCUGGUGGAAUUAUUGAAGAACCUCCAGAGUCAAAAUGGAGUGUAUUCUUUCCGAAUCACAGCACUUACGAAGCGGUUGAGUUUGCUACAAAGGAAACUGCUUACGCAACCUUAAACACGAAUAAACAAACCAGCUCUCAUGAUGUGAAAUUUGAAGAUCUGGUCUUAAAAGAAGGAGUUUCAUCGACGCAAUUCGCAACAGUUUUAACAGACUUAGGGCAUUUGGAUGGUAUUCGACGAGUUUACUUUGGGAAUGGAUUGUCUUUUUGGCUUCAUAAGUUAUUGUUUGUUGAUGCCCUGGCGUUCGUCUCAAGAGGAUAUUUGGCUCGCUCUUUGGAACGAAGAAUCGUCGUGGACAUUGAUGAUAUUUUUGUUGGAAAAGUGGGCAUUCGAAUGAAAAAAGAGGACGUGAGGGCAAUGAUCUCUGUCCAAGCUAAACUACAAGAGCGUGUACCAGGCUUUCACUUCAACCUGGGAUAUUGUGGGGGAAUGUUUUUGUCUGGGAAUGAUGAAGAAGAUGAAGGAGAUUGGGAACUGAUCAAGAAUGCAGACAAGUUUUGGUGGUUUAGUCACACAUGGCUUCAUCGUCAACCACACAAGAGCAACGAUUUGGGUUGGAUUAUUGAUGAUUUGAAGAAAAAUCUUGACUUUGCAAAGGAGCACAAUAUUCCAGUUAACACCAGUUACGCAGUGGCACCUCACCAUUCUGGAGUAUACCCCCCACAUGAUCUUCUUUAUGAAGGUUGGAAGAAAGUUAACAACUUAAAAGUGACAUCAACUGAAGAGUACCCUCAUAUCUAUCCUGCCAGGUUCCGCAAAGGAUUCAUAUACAAAAAUGUUAAGGUUCUCCCGCGGCAAACAUGUGGUCUUUACACCCACACAGUGUUCCUGAAAGAAUUCCCCAGAGGGCGGCAGUGGUUGAAAGACAGCAUUCAUGGGGGUCAACUGUUCCAAGUUGUAGUUGAUCAGCCUAUUUCCAUCUUUAUGACUCAUCUUUCAAACUAUGGCAACGAUCGCCUAGCUUUACUUGUGUUUUACAGCCUAGUGAAGCAUUUGCAAUGCUGGACCAACCUUAAGUUAAUUUCAGAGCAUCCAGUUGAUUUGGCUGAGAGGUACUUUGCAAUGUUUCCCGAGGAGAUGGAACCAGUUUGGCAGAAUCCUUGUUUAGACCCACGGCACAUGGAAAUCUGGUCACCAGAAAAGAAUUGUAAAAAGCUGCCAUCCCUUCUUGUUGUUGGCCCUCAUAAGACUGGCACCACAGCUCUGUAUACGUUCCUCAAAAUGCAUCCAGACAUCAUCAGUAAUGUGCAAAGUGAUAGCACGUAUGAGGAGGUACAGUUCUUUGGUGGAAACAAUUACAUCAGAGGCUUAGAUUGGUACAUGGAUUUCUUCCCUGAUAUUAGCAACCACAGUAACCAGAUCUUGUUUGAAAAGAGUGCUAAUUAUUUUGAUGCUGCCAAGGGGCCACUGAGAGUACAUUCAUUGCUCCCAGAGGCCAAAAUCAUCACAAUUUUCAUAGAUCCAACAAAAAGAGCCUACUCAUGGUACCAACACAUGAGAAGCCAUGGUGUGGCAGCCGCUAUGCACCCAUUCUAUAAGGUUAUAACAAGUGUUAAUUCUUCUGAGGACAAAGGCAUCAGAGCUCUUGGUCUAAGAUGUCUUUUACCAGGCCUGUAUGCUCAACACUUGAAAAGGUGGCUGACAUACUUUUCACCCUCACAAAUUCUUAUUCUCGAUGGGGAUAAACUUAGGACAGAUCCUCCCCAAGUGAUGAUGGAAGUGCAGAAAUUUCUUGGUGUCAACAUUUAUGACUAUAAUAAGAGGUUAAGAUUUGAUAAGCAUAAAGGAUUUUACUGUCAAGUCACAUCACAAGGUGGUACUCAUUGUCUUGGAAAAGGAAAGGGCAGACAUUAUGUACCCAUGGAUAGAAAGUCACAGAGAUUCUUGGAAGAUUAUUACUCAAAGCCAAACAAACGUCUUGCAGAUUUGUUACAGAAGUUAGAGAGACCUCUUCCAAACUGGCUGAGACCUGCUAGAUAAUAAAUGAAUCAUUGGCUUAAAGUGAAAAUUUUUAGUAAUUGAUGUGUUAGUCAAAAUGUUAUCAUGAGAAACAUUUUCAAUGUUUUCAGGCAUAGUCUUCAGGUAGACAGAAAAGUGUUCAUAAAACUUUUGGCUGGUUCAUAAGAAAGUAGUUAACGAACUAGUCUGUUUAAACUGAAAAUUACCUGUGUUGACAUUCUAAAUGUUUCCUUGAUUUUACAUUUUUAAUGCACACUUAAAUGUAUUGACAAGUAUAAGGAUAAAGAUAUUAUAGACAUAUAUACUAAUAAUUAUUGUGUGGGGUUUUUGGACCAAGGAACUAAAUAUAUAGCCUACAUUAUAGCCUACAUUAACGCUAAGCUAGAAAGCUUAGAAUAUUUAUAUGGUGUGGAUUUGAAUAUCUAUAGAUAUCAUAAUGUAAUUAAAGAAAUCAGAGGACCAGUUUGGAGGUCUCUAUCCGAAGAGGUGCCUUUUCAAUUCAAAUAGACAUGCAUCUGGUAAAUUAAGGUAAAAUCAUGACAUGGUUACCAGUAUAGAAGUUUGAUAUGGCUUUUGUUCUUAUUACAUGUGAAAAUUUCAUAUACAGGUGAAAAUUGCAAGGUGAAAGGCAUAUGAAAAGCAUUUGAAAAGAUUGUUUUCACUUGCUUUCCAACUAGCUCUUAAUUCCACAUGUGAAAAUCAAUGACUUUUACAUCCACUGUAGAGCCUUGACUGCAAUUCGGACUGCUUGAAUGAAAUCAACUCUGAAUUUUGAACUCAGACCUCUUAAAGUGGGCCUGAUUUAAAAUACAACUGCUUGUUAUUUUUUCAACUACAGUUAUGUAUUUUUUUUACCACAAAAAAAGAACAUUCUCCAAUAUGGAAUUUAAUGGGGUUUUAGUAUCAGAGUACAUCAUUUAUGAUUUUAUUAAUUUUUCAUUUACCAUUACUAUGACUUCAUACACAUAUUUUCAAAGGAAUUUUAGAUCAUUUAAGGACUGAAGGAAGGGUAUUAAGUGUAUCAAUAGAAUAUUGCAGUAACAGUGAAGUGUAUUAGAGCUUUCAAUUAUUUUUGUAAUAGUUGAUAUUGUAAAUGUAUUACAAGCUUCUGACUUAACGUUAGGAGUAUUCUGACAAAUAAUAAAAAAAAUAAUAAUAAAUACGCUAAUUGAA